UCUUUUUUUGGCAUAAUUAUCAAGUGUGAAGGCGAUUCGCGUCACAACGCAGAGAGUAUCAAAAUGUGUGUCGUCCAAUAGAACAGACAAUACGACGGACAUGGAGGCUUCUUCCGUACAGUGCGCGAGCAUUCGGGAAAUAGAAUUUUUUUGUCCUAUUAAUCACUCUCGACACCGCGAAUAAGAAAUUGACUUAAGAACAUUCACUUUCCUCGGACAUCAUUAUAGAUCUUGCCAAUUUCUCCGCAUGGUAGCGCGUAACGACGACGCAUAUAAAAUCUUCGUGUUUUUUUUCAUUUAUAAAAUCACUUAAUAAAAAAAGCUAGAAGUUUAAAGACUCAUGUGUAAUUUUUACUGUCAUUGCUCGAAUAAUGUUUUCACGUUAAAGAAAUUUAUAUAAAACAUUCAGAAAAUAUAUAUAUAUGCUUGCAGUUGAUUUAUUCGACGCUUUUAAAUACGCGAAAAAAACUAAUUACGUAUUAUCGGCUUCUCAUUGUGAACAAAUAAUGAGCCUUCUCGCAUGAGGAAAAUAAAUAUCGACAGCGACGUGGACUUUAGCCAGCACGCAGUAAAGUUAUACGAAGGAAGAGAGGCGAGAAAGGGAAAGAAAUCAACAAGCGUGGAAAGCAAAAAGCGAUUAUACUGUGAUAUCUGCCGCGUUCUCAGGCGAACGCAACAGCGGAUGCGAAUGUGUAAGAGAGAAAAAAGAUAAAAAAAAUAAACGAUGCAUGAAAAGAAAAAAACGAACAGACCACUGCACUGGCAGAACUUGUCGCAAGUGCAGAAAGUGCAAAUGGUACAACAUAGUGCAACACCAAGAAACGGACCCGUAUGGUUUGCCGAUCGCAUUGUAUACAACUUCAAAAUCUAGAGAAGAAGCAAGUGGUCGAAUCGGAUUGUAUCCUGCACGUUGUUAAGUGAGGAUGACUUCGUUUGGUCGCGGUCGUGGAUGGUCCAAUCAUCAGAACCAGAACCAGGACAAGGAUCAGGGGUUACGUAGACCAGGAGGAAGCGUAUCCAGUAACAACAAAGUCUUGAAGGACAUAAUAGAUAAGAUAGUUUCGUAUGAUGAGUGUGAGAGCGUCUCGCCGAAGCUAAUCCAGGAUAUCGUAGACCUGUUGACAAUUGCCAUCAACGAGGACAGUCUAAGAUAUGUAUGUGAUUCUCUUUGGAAGCAGGCUGUAUAUCACUCAUUGACCACGAAAAUAGCCCUGAUAUUCAGUGAUAACAUGGUUGUUCGGUUAGAAGAUACUAAUAAAAACACUAUACGAAGCCGUUUCUUACGUUUCCUUCAGGAUAAUUAUAUAUCGAAGGAAAAAGAUAGAGUAGAAGAUAAAAGAACAUUUGCCAAUAAAAUUUUACUUCAUGCAGAAGUUUAUUAUCACAUGAAAUUGAGCGACGGAAAUAGAUUGAAAAUAUUAGCUGAGCCGUUAAUUCAAUAUUUGGAAGAUCUCUUGCAAGACAAUCCUAAGGAUAAUAUUUAUUUCAUCAUGAUACAGAUACUUAGAGCUGGUAAAGAUCUUUAUGCAGCGUGUCCAGGUGGAUUAGACAGCUUAAUAAUGACAAUCAGGCAAUUGCUGGUAAAGGAAAAUUUAUAUAGUUCCGAGAACAAUGCGGCAUUAUUAUUAAUCAUAGAGUUAGCCAAUAAUGACUACGAAAUUAAGGACACGCGGUUGAAACAUUUUUAUUUCUCAAAUAUCAAGUCUCUCUCUUUUGAACCUCCAUUUUUUCAUGAAGAAUUGAAGGUGAUCUUAACGACAAAGACUGAAAAUGAUAAUCAAUUGCGGGAAGUUGAGAAUAAUCAACGAAUUAUAAAAGAAGAAGUGAAAAAUGAUAUACCUGAGCAUGGCAAUUAUUCAAAAAAUUCUAGCGGUCCAAGAGCGAUACGUGGUUCAGGUGCACUGGAUAAAUCAAAAAAAGGAAUUAAUAUUAAUGCAAAAUCAAAUUCGUUGAAGACAACUCCACCGAGGGAAAGGAACAAGGGUUGGGGUCACGAUGAUAGGUUUCAUGAACAUUAUGAAUAAAUAUCUUGUAUAAGAUGCCCAGAUCUGGUAAAGAUUUUUAUGCAGUCCAAGGGAUUGGUAAUAAUUAUACAACUGCUGAUGAAGAAAAAAACUUAUUCAAACAAUCCUAAAAAUUGACUAGCUUAUUGUUAGUUGGCUAACUAUGAAAUUAUAAUCAGAAAUUAAUUAGCAAGUCAUUGUGUAACUA